CGUGUUAUGCUGCGCCGUGACGUUGUUUGGCUGCAGUUUUCCCUCCUCGCUGAGAAAGCUAUCCGGCAAUGCUGUUUGGCUAGCUAAGGAGAAUUUGAAUCGUUAACGAUAUUGAAUUUUAUCUCCCAUAUUGUGGUGAACGUACGACAAUAAUUAGACGCAAAUCCGAAGGUUAUUAAGGAGCAGGCUUAUGCAGUCUUGCUAGCCAAUCAAGAUGUUCAACAAGUCGUUUGGUGCUCCCUUUGGAGGAGGGACCGGAGGGUUCGGGACCGCGUCUACUUUUGGCCAGCAAAAUGCUGGCUUUGGAACCACUGGAGGAUUCGGAGGAUCUGCGUUCGGACAGACAGCCACCACUGGGGGCCUGUUUGGGGCAACACAAAACAAACCUGGAGGUCUCUUUGGAUCCAGUACCUUUAGCCAACCAGUGACGUCCUCCGCCACGAGUGGCUUUGGGUUUGGCGCUGCCGGUGGAACAACCACCAGCCUGUUUGGUAGCACCAACCCCGGAGCAGCCACUGGACUCUUCUCCCAACCCAGCAAUGCGUUCGGGGCCAGCAAACCGGCUGCUUUCGGCACAUUCGGGACCAGCACAGCGAGCAGCGGAGGUCUGUUUGGGGCCACAAACACCGCCUCCAACCCGUUUGGGGGCGCCGCCACGGGCUCCCUGUUUGGAGCGUCCGGGUUCACCGCGGCCCAGCAACCAGGAACAGCCCUCAAAUUCAAUCCCCCGACAGGAAGUGACACGAUGGUGAAGAGCGGUGUGACGACGAGCAUCAACACCAAGCACCAGUGCAUCACCGCCAUGAAGGAGUAUGAGAACAAGUCCCUCGAGGAGCUGCGUCUGGAGGACUACCAGGCAGGCAGGAAGGGCCCCACCAACCCCAUGGCAGCGGCGACGGGCGGGCUGUUUGGAGCUGCGGCUCCCGCCACCUCCACCGCAGCCACGGGCCUGUUUGGCUCCGCAGCCGCCAACACGGGCUUCUUUGGACAGGCCAAGACCGGCUUCGGCGCCAGUGCCGGUGGGUUUGGGGCGGCCACUGGGAGCCUGUUCGGCCAGCAGACCCCACAGCAGCAGCAGCAGCAGGCGCAGCAGCAACAGCAGCAGGCGCAGCAGCAGCAGCAGCAGCAGCAGCAGCAGGCUGCGGCCGCCAGCCUCUUUAAGCCCUUUGGUCAGACCACCACCGCACAGAACCCAGGCUUCUCCUUCGGCAAUACCAACACCAUGGGCCAGGCCAACACCAGCACUAUGGGUUUGUUUGGCAACACCGUGGCCUCCCAGGCGGGGGGGCUGUUUGGUGCCGCGGCGCCGGCCAGCGCCCCCACGGGCUUCGGCGCGGCCACCGGGCUGUUUGGACAGACCAACACUGGGUUCGGCGCCGUCGGCACACAGAGCCUGUUUGGAAACAAGCCGGCUGGCUUCGGCGCGACCACAACCAGCACCCCCUCGUUCGGUACCAGCAGCAGUCUGUUUGGCAACAAGCCGGCCCUAACGCUGGGCACGGGAGCCAACACGUCCGCCUUCGGGUUUGGUGCCAACCCGACCGGUGGGGGUCUGUUUGGUAACAAGGCGGCGCCGGGGGGCCUUGGGACGGGCCUGGGAGCUGGCUUUGGAGCAGCAGUAGGCACGGCCCAGACGUCGUUGUUUGGCAACACCCAGAACAAGCUCGGCACCACUCUAGGAACCAUGGGAGGCUUCGGUGCUGGAGGGUUUAACACCGGGGCCAGCACCCUGGGCUUCGGCGCCCCACAGCAGCCCGUCGCGCUGACCGACCCCAACGCCGCCGCCGCCCAGCAGGCGGUGCUGCAGCAGCAGAUCAACGCGCUGGCGUACUCGCCCUUCGGGGACUCCCCGCUGUUCCGGAACCCCCUGUCCGACCCAAAGAAGAAGGAGGAGAGAUUGAAGCCGACCAAUCCGACGGCUCAGAAGGCUCUGACCACGCCCACCCACUACAAGCUCACCCCGCGGCCCGCCACCAGAGUCCGGCCCAAGGCGCUGACCUCGUCGGGGGCUUCCAAGUCCCAGCUGUUUGACGGGUUGGACGAUGACGAGCCCUCCCUCACCAACGGAGCCUUUGUGCCCAGAAAGAGCAUCAAAAAGCUGGUGCUGAAGAACCUCAACAGCAGCCUGUACAGCAGCCCCAUCAACAGAGACACAGACGACCUGGCCUCGCCCUCGGAGUACCCCCACAACGGCCACAGCCACAUGAUGGACGAUCAGGACGACCUCCGGGACAUGGUGGUCGGCGGGGAGAAGGCGGAGGAGGACCUGGAGGUCACCCAGUUCUACGUGAACCCCAUCUCCAAGCCCAUCCCGCAGGGUCGCUCUCAGGCUGCCCUGCAGGACACCAUCUGUGAGCUGAACAUGCAGCGGGCGGUCAGGAACGGCCCCGAGCUGAGCUGUGAGGAUGUGUCCGUGUCUCUGGGAGAGGACUCGCUUCAAGGGGAGCGUGAGGAGGAAGAGGAGGAGGAAGCGGUGGAGGAUCUUCAGAUGGCUCCUCAUCCAGCCGGCAUAGUGCUGUCUCGUGUGGGGUACUACACUAUCCCGUCCAUGGACGAGCUGGCCGAGAUGGUCGAUAACAACGGACAGUGUGUGGUGGAGAACUUCACCAUCGGCAGGAAAGGCUACGGUUCUGUGUUCUUCUGCGGGGUGGUGAACGCGACUGGGCUGAACCUGGACGAGAUCGUCCACUUCAGACGCAAGGAGGUCAUCGUCUACCCGGACGACAAGAAUAAGCCCGCCCAGGGGGAGGGUCUCAACAGACGUGCCGAGGUGACGCUGGACGGCGUGUGGCCCAACGACAAGACCACCUGCACCCAGAUCAAGAGCCCCGAGCGGCUGGGAGACAUGAACUACGAGGGCCGUCUGGAGAGCGCCUCGCGCAAGCAGGGGGCACGCUUCCUGGAGUACCGCCCCGAGACCGGCUCCUGGGUGUUUGAGGUCGUCCACUUCUCCAAAUACGGCCUCCAGGACUCUGACGAGGAGGAGGACGUGCCGUCCAAAGCCGAUCCCAAGAAGCUGAAGACGAUGCCGUCGCUUCCCCCCUCCAAGCUGCUCCAGCAGCUCCCCCCCUCGCAGCUGCAGGGGGCGCCAAAGGCUCAGUCCACCGCCAUCCAGGAGCUUGCCAGCGGGCUGGCGGAGCUGGACAGCGACAUGGCUGACAUCACCCAGGGCUCCCUGGCCGACAGCCUGCUGGGAGGGGAGGAGGACUGGGGCUCGGACGCCUUCAGCAGCCGCCUCGCCGGCCUCGCCACGGGCCCCGUGCCCUCGGAGCAGGAGCCCGUCUCGGCCUCCAGCCAGAUCGCCUCCUCUCUGGGGAUCAACCCCCACACCCUCCAGAUCAUGAAGGCUUCUCUGUUUACCGAGGAUGACGAUGAGGACGACCAGGAGCAGGGGCUGAUGAAGAGCGCCGUAGAUUCCUCCUCCGGCCGCCGUCUGGUUCCCAGAGUGCAGAACAGGCCCUCGGUCGGCGGUCUCCUCCAGGCGCGCUUCUCCUCCGGCCUGUUCGCCCAGGCCCCAGACCCCUCCCUGCGAGACGGCUCUCCCUCCUCGGCCAAGCUCCACCCUUCCCUCUCCCGGGCUUCCCCGGCGAGGGGCCAGACCCCCCGGGGCUUCUCCUGGAGCGCGGCCACCCCCGCGACCUCCUUCCUCCUGCCCGCCCGGGCCCCUGAGCCCUCCAUCCGCACCGUGGGGGCCCGCCGGCUCGGCGGCCCCGUGGCCUUGAAGGAGUCCGUCACCCUGGGCAAGGGAGCCCUGCUGAUGGACGCUGGCCUCUUCAUGGGCCGGUCGUUCCGCGUGGGCUGGGGCCCCGGCUGGACGCUGGCCCACUGCGCCCAGCAGAUCAGCGCCCCCCACUCCAAGGAGCCCACGCUCAAAGGCCACAACGUGGACUUCAGCUUCAUGCCUCAAACCGUGCGGAGCAAAACCCUGACGGACAGCGCCUUCAAGGUGGUGCUGGAGCAGGUGUCGGGCGUGGAGCCCGAGCACGAGAAAGAGGGCAUGGAGGAGGAGGAGGAGAUGGAGGGCGAGGAGUCGGCGUCCAGGCUGGCCGUGCUGCAGCGCCCCCUGGAGAUCUGUCUGAAGCACAGCACCGUCAGCACGCCGGAGGGGAGCACGUGCCCCCUGGUCCAGCCCCAGCUCGGGGUCUCCGCCCUGCACGAGUACGCCCAGUGGAUCAGCAAGCUGCAGCAGAAGGCCGACGGGGACGUGGUGCUGGGCUACUGGGCCGAGGUGUGGACCCUCUGCGAGGCGCUGUGGGGCCGCCUGGGCUCCUCCGAGGCCCUGGACGACGCGGACGGCGCCGAGGCCCCCGACGAGUACCUGCAGCAGCUGGAGCGGAGGCGGGCCUUCUCGGCCUGGCUGUCGAGCGGCGCCACGAGCCGCGUGGAGGAGGAGGUGGGCAACGCCGGCAAGGAGAACCACGCCGAGGCCAUCUUCAGCUACCUGACCGGCGGCCGCAUCAGCAUGGCCUGCCGCCUCGCCCAGAAACACGGGGAACACCGUAUGGCCGUGCUGCUGGCCCAGGCCAUGGGCUCCCAGCCCUGCAGGGAGCUGCUGGGCCUGCAGCUGGCCGACUGGUGCCGCAUGCAGACGGACUGCCACAUCAGCGAGGACCGCCUGCGCAUCUUCACGCUGCUGGCCGGGAAACCCGUGUGGCAGUCCUCCGAGUGCCUGGUGAACGUGUGCUCCAGCCUGGACUGGAAGCGCUGCGUGGCCGUCCACCUCUGGUACAUGCUGCCCCCCACCGCCUCCGUGGCCGACGCCCUCGCCAAGUACCAGGACGCCUUCCAGGGUGACGGGGAGGUGGGGCUGUACGCCUGCGCUCCUCUGCCCCCCUACCUGGACCCGUCCCAGGGAGCGGACAUGGAGGACGAGGAGGAGGAGUCGGCCAAGCGGCCGCUCUACGACCUCUGCUUCCACCUGCUCAGGCUGUACAGCGACAGGCACUACAGCCUGCACCAGCUGCUGGACCCCCUGGCGGUCACCUGGGAGCGUCUGGACUACCGGCUGAGCUGGCACCUGUGGGGGGUGUUGGGGGCGCUGCAGUACAGCCACCUGAGCGGCCCGCGCCAGGGCCUGCUGCACGUCAGCUACGCCGCCCAGCUGGAGAGCGCCGGCCUCUGGCACCUGGCCGUCUUCGUCCUGCUGCACAUCCCCGACCACGCGCUGCGGGAGCGCGCCGUCAGGGAGAUGUUGAGCCUCUACUGCCCCCUGCAGCGCACGGAGGACUCUGACCGCAGGGAGCGCUUCCUCACCGAGAGGCUGCUGCUGCCCGAGCAGUGGCUCCACGAGGCCAAGGCCAUGCGGGCCCGACGUGACGGAGACCGCCACCAGGAGGCGCUGCACCUCUACCAGGCCGGCUCCUGGAACCACUGCCACAAGCUGCUCAUCCAGCACCUGGCCUCAGACUGCAUCAUCAACGACAACCACGCCUACCUGUUGGAGUUCCUGGACGGCCUGUCCCUCCCCGAGCGCAGCGUCGGCAUCCAGGACUGGGACACGGCGGGACGCGUGUACCUGGACUACAUCCGGGUCAUCCAGAGCCUGCAGGACAUCCAGCAGAUGGACAGCCCCGGCUACGAGACGGAGCGCCUCUACACGGACGUGACCUCGCUCUGCAGCCGCAUCCAGCUGCUGCCCUGCACCACUGCCAAGGACUGCCUGGCCCAGUCCGAGAUGGCCAAGCGCGUGGCCAACAUCCUGCGGGUGGUGCUCAGCCUGCAGCAGGCCGGGGAGGGGGCCGCCGACCCCCUCCUCCAGCCGCCCCACGCCAAGCUGACGGCCCUCAUCACGCGGCUGCCCAUGCCCGAAGACUACGCCCUGGAGGAGCUGCGCGGGCUCACCCAGUCCUACCUCAGGCACCUCAUCGACGUCCAGUGACGCGGGCCAACGCAGGGAGACACGGGUGUGUCCUGACACCCGGGCACAGGGGGGCCGCAGAGGAGGAUUGUUGAGGUUGACGUGAUGCAACACGGGCAUGCCCUUGCACUUAACAGGACGCAAGUCACCAUGGGAACGACUCGGUCAGAAAGCGUCGUGCUGGGGGGCGGGGGGGAUGGGGGGGGGGGGGAGGAUGCUGACGGGCGUGUCUGGGGAGAAACGGCCGCUGAGUCCGGGAACUACCACCAAAUCAUGCAGAACCAAGGACCCUUUUGGAUUCGGAGAUCGUCUAGACACGUCGGCCAUGAUUGUUCUGUGUCGCCUUCGGAGUAGGGGGUGAGGGGGUGAGGGGGUGAGGAGGCAUGUGGCGACCAGAUCGGACCGAUGGAAAGGUUAGGGAUGGACGCUGAAGACUCAAGACUACUGCCCCGACUCUUAUACAGCCGCUUGGAUAUGGUGUCUCUGUUGGAAAUAUGGAAAUAUGUUGUAUACCUAUCAUUCCGUGUGUGUGUGUGUGUGUGUGUGUGUGUGUGUGUGUGUGUGUGUGUGUGUGUGUGUGUGUGUGUGUGUGUGUGUGUGUGUGUGUGUGUGUGUGUGUGUGUGUGUGUGUGUGUGUGUGUGUGUGUGUGUGUGUCUCCAUGGAGAUGUUUCAUGAAUGCAAAAAAUUGAAAUCUUGUUAUUCAUUAGAAUGGCGAGCUGUUUUUAGUUCAUUAAAGUAUAUUUUCAUUUUCCCACAUAGCUCCCCAGAAUGUUUCGAUUGGCCUGUUGGUUGAGUUGCGUGUGUUUUGUUGCACCGGAGGAUGCAUGUUUAGUGUGCGUGUGUGUGUAAGCCAAGCAUUUAAAUGACUUUAAAUACGGUUGUAUGGUUUGGCUCAACAAGACACUUGGCCACAUGAUGAUGAAAGGAACACGAUCGGAUUUCUUUGUCAAUAUGUGAAUAGCGAUGAUCUAUCUUUCUAUAGAGAAUAACUCUUGUAUAAAGACAAUUGGACAACUUGCGAUGUUUAUGCUUUUGGAUGUUUCCGAGGAGACUCAGUAAAAAUUGUAAAAUGCGGAAAGGUCUAUUUUUGUAGGGUUUUUCUUACUCUUUGGGUGUGCAUGCCCUAGCCAGGAAGGAACUUUGUGCAGUUCUAGAGAAUGAUUUGACGUAAGAUUUCUAUUGUAUAUUGAACAUACACUUUUGAGUUUCAUUCCAUCAGUGUGUUCAUUAUAUAUAACAUUGCAAUGCGUGUUGUGACGUUUGACUUUCAGAAGGUACAACUGGGCUUUUAAACAGCGGCUGUCUGUGAUGUAUUUACACUUCAGACACGGCCAUUUGUACUGAACGCCUCAAAGGGUAUUCGUUGGAUAGCAUCCUGAAGUGUCAUUCUAAUUGCUGAUGUAGUGUUGUCAUAGAUACCUGCCGACAAGUCUUUAGUUUGUCUGAAAUGACAUCAAUUUUUUUUUUUCUUUGAGAUGCGUGUGUGUUAAGAAAUCCCCACUCGCAGAAUAUUGAUGCACACAGUGCCUUUCCCGUAUUGAAUCUCUAAAGUGUGUUGCUCCGUGUGUGUGUGUGCGUAUGGUUUUAAUAAAGUGAAUUAAAGUGUUAAAGUGA